UUUAACUUACCUUUCUUUACAUUAGGAGUGGAAAUUGGAUACUCUUUGCGACUUGUAUGAGACAUUGACUAUCACACAAGCAGUUAUUUUUCUCAAUACAAGACGCAAGGUGGAUUGGCUCACAGAGAAAAUGCAUGCCAGGGACUUCACAGUUUCUGCUCUGCAUGGUGACAUGGACCAGAAGGAAAGAGAUGUCAUCAUGAGGGAGUUCCGAUCAGGGUCAAGCCGUGUUCUCAUCACUACUGACUUGUUGGCUCGUGGGAUUGAUGUGCAACAAGUGUCCUUGGUUAUAAACUAUGAUCUACCUACCAAUCGUGAAAACUAUAUUCACAGAAUUGGCAGAGGGGGUCGAUUUGGGAGGAAAGGUGUGGCUAUAAACUUUGUUACUGAAGAAGACAAGAGGAUUCUUCGUGACAUUGAGACUUUCUACAAUACUACAGUGGAGGAAAUGCCCAUGAAUGUGGCUGACCUUAUUUAAUUCCUGGGAUGAGAUAGUUUGAAUGCAGUGCUCGCUGUUGCUGAAUAGGCGAUCACAACGUGCAUUGUGCUUCUUUGAGAAUAUUUGAAUCUUGUCUCAAUGCUCAUAACGGAUCACAAAUACAGAUUCUGAUAGCAAAGCGACUUUAGUCCUGAGCUCUUGUGAGGAAAGGCAUUGGCUUUAUCCUCUUUAGAGUUAGACUGUUUGG